CCGCCGUCCCCUCGGUCUCUCUCCUGUCUCUUAAAACCAGCACCUUCCCGGUCUCUCCUCACUUCUCCGCUGCAGUCGGUUCUUCAUCACCUUUAAGAACUAUCCUUGUGUUGUAUUUCCAUCUUUAAACAUGACUCAGGUCAACAGCUGCCUCAAAUGGCUCCUAACCAUCUUCAACAUCAUCUUCGCGAUUGUCGGCGUCAUCAUCAUCAUGAUCGGUAUGGAGUCUCAGCUCAGCUACGCUAACGGAGCCUUAGCUCUGGACGUUCACACCUUCAGGAAACCCGAGCUCUAUAUCGUGGGCUCCAUCAUCAUGGUGAUUGCCAUCCUGGGAGCCGUUGGCGCCUACAAUGAGAGCAAGGCGUGCAUGAUCCUGUUCCUGGUGUGUAUGAUUCUGGGAAGUAUUGUGAUGCUCCUGCUUGGAAGCUUGACGGCCGUCAUCCGUUCCAAGCUGCCGGCGGUGCUGGAGGCAGCGUAUCGUCCGGCUCUGCCUCUGGACAGAACUUUAUAUGAUAUGAGGAACCAGAUGGAACGCUUACAGACAAAGAUGGAGUGCUGCGGUCUCUUCAGUUUUGAGGACUGGGAAGGAAACAUCCCCCGAUCGUGUUUGUGCAGCAAAUUGUGGGGAACGUGUCAGGAAGUCCACAACAAAGGUUCUCAGCUGCCGAAGAUGUCCGUUCACGCCAAGGCCUGCGUCCCCAUCAUCGAGGAAGAGUCCCUGAUGCUCGCUGACGUCUACGUCGGAGUCUUCUUCACUCUGGCUGUCCUGGGGCUGCUGGGAAUGGUUCUGUCCUCCAUCAUGAUCCACCAGCUGCGUAACCCCAACAGACCCGUCGCCGUCCUGAUGUCGGUCCCCGCCUACUUCAACCAACCUCCUCCCAGAUAUGAGGAGCUGCAGAACAUUGUUCCUUCAACGAACUAGAGGAACAACGGCUUCCCUCAGGCUCGUUGUCAACAGUCAGAAGGUCGAGUUGUUUGACCGACGUGCCUUAACGUCACGGUGAGGCGUCCCGGCUGUCGGCUUCUGCAGCAACAUCAUUAGGCCGCUUUCACACU